GCACUUUCAACUCUUCAUCAUCUGCUCUCAGACUUAUUCAGCCAUGGUUCUCAGUGGAACUCUGAGAGUGGUCCUGCUCUGUCUUCUCUCUCUCUGUCUGAGAGGGGCUGAAGUUCAGCGGGUGAACCAGAACAAUCUGGCUCACAUCAUCAGUCACAUUCAGACCCAAUACAGUCCAGGUGACCAGUAUGCAGUGGCCGUCAACGUCCCAGCUAAGUACUGUACUGAGAACUUCAACCUAGAGGACUUUAAGAAUGUCCUGAAGAAUGAUAUGCCCGAUAAUGUGAAAAAUGUCAUGAAAGGUCCUAGCAAGGUAUACAGUGGGACUCAGCUGAUUGGUGCAACACCAUUACCAGAUACCAAGAGCCCUGUUAACCCAGAAACAGGGAAACCUCCCAACUUCCACUCUGAGUACCUCCUGCUGAUUAAAUCAACUCCAUUAGCAACAGAUCCUAAUCCCAAUGAUCCACUCAUGCAGAAGCUCCUGAACAGAGACCCACAGGGCUGUGUGAUAUUCUACACCUACUGCUCCCCCUGUAUUCGUACCUGCUUAAACGAGAAAAAUAAAGAACGUAACAUUCUCACUGCCCUCAACAUGCUUAGAGAUCACCAAGGUCCCAAGGCUUUCGUCUACAACAGGAUAUUUAAUAAAGAUAAAGACAACCCUAAUCUGGAGAGCUACUUUAAAAAAAUAGAAGGAAAUAGCAAUGUUGGCAAGUUUCUUUACCGCUGUUACCGUGCUAAUAACCGUUACACGUGUCAGCUUUGCUUCAGUGGAGGAACAGCAGCAAAAGAAUGCCUGGACAAAACUUUAACUUUAAUCUGAUGGAUGAUCACUGUGUGUGAAAUCCUGCUGUGCUUAAACUCUGUCGCUCACUCACUGAGAGAGAGUCACUCUUCUGCUCUUCUUCCUGCUCUCAUUGGUCUCUGAUCACUGAUCAUUACCAA